AUGGAAUCCGCAAAGCGGAUCGUUCGAAUUAUUAUGCGUAUUCUUCAAGAGCAAAUUCAUGGUCUGAAAGACAGCAGUGACAUCAUUGCUGACAACGAACAUCGUUGCCGUGCACGAUAUCAACGCGACUGUUGCCAUAUAAACAACGAUAUUUCCCAAAAAUAUCCUCUAAACUCUGCAUCGCAUCUUCAUAUCUUCAUGCCUAACUCUGAAGCGCAAUUAAAACGAGCGAUGUCUAGCAUCAAAAAGACAUGUAAUGCGUUCAAGUUGAAAGGAGAUUUGGCAUUAGCCAACGGCGUGAUCGUCUACAGACUUACAGACGACGGUUGGAAAUCUCGUAGCUUAAAUGUGUGGCACGAAAAAGAUCCAGUUCUACCUUAG